GAAAAGUUCCCACCAGCUUCUACUCAUGUUCAGAAAGGUGAUCUCACAAACAUGGGUUUUCUAUUGCACUUCGGUUUUUUCUUGCUGAUUAAGAAUGUUUUAUCUUGCUUGGAUGAUCAAUGCCGUAUCUUAGCAUUUCCAUCCACUCUCUUCUUCGUGGGAGAACGUCUUGUUAACCACAGCAUAGCAAACAUCAGUGUAAUUGACAGAGACACGUGCGAACAUCGAUGUUACCUGAACCAUAACUGUGUCAGCAUCAACUUUUAUUUUGGACCAAGCGAUGCACAAAACUGUGAACUGAACAACUCAACAAGUAAAGAACAUGAGAAGGACCUGGUGAAGGCAGCGAACUAUGUGUACCAUGGAACAAAAAAUGCUUGUGGUCGUGCUCCCUGCUUUAACAAUGCCAUUUGUCAAUCUGGUUUUACAAGCAAGCGAUAUCGAUGCAUAUGUUCCGUUGGAUUUUCGGGACCCCAUUGUGAACAAGAUAUUGACGAAUGCGCAAAGAAAACUCACGAAUGUAAUGCUAAUGCAGAAUGCCAUAAUACCAUGGGAUCAUUUACCUGUAAAUGCAAGCCUGGUUAUGUGGAAAAAGGUCAACAGUGUGAAGGAAUUUCGGGUUGUGCGCAAAAUCCAUGUCACCAUGGUGGAACCUGCACCAACGAAGGUGAUAAAUACAAAUGCACAUGUCUACAAGGAUUCACUGGUGCUCACUGUGAAACAGGAUACAUAAAGAAUUCAAAUAUAUUGUCGAAAAAUGAAUCUUACUUCGCAUAUCUUCGUGAGUUCCUGGUUCCUGCUGUAGGGAAUGAUUCCUAUUGGCUGCUCUGCUACCGCGCCUCUUCGCAUGGCUGGGCUGGUAGAGUCUUCCAUGCUCGUUGCGAUGGAAAGAAAAAUAUUGUGACAAUCAUACAGAAAGAUCAGUAUGUUUUUGGAGGGUACACUGACAUUCCAUGGGGUUGUCCUCCGGGAGCAAGAACAAAGGACCAGUUAGGUCGCUGUUGUGUAUUUCCUUUCAAAUAUAAAGGACAUACCUACUACUCCUGUAUAUGGUCACACUUUUAUAAAUGGUGGUGCUCAUUAGAUGCUAACUACAAUGAAAAUUGGGCUCGAUGCGAUCACAAUCCCUAUCGAGGUUAUCGCAAGACGGAAAAGGCUUUUAUUUAUUCGAUCAAAAACAAGGAAGGACUGAUGCCGUUUAAGAGUAUGGUGAGGCAUGUUUCCCAAGCAAUUUACAUGCAGAUAAACUAUGGUGCAACAUUUGGUGGUGGCUUCGAUAUUCAUAUUGCUGACUACGCCGGUUAUAAUACUAAUUCGUACGCCAGGCUUGGUCACACCUUCUUGGUUCCAAAUGAAGUAAAGGAAAAGGAUACAGUGUUAGCCGGGAGUCUUAACUUUACUCCCGAUGAAGUAGAGGUGUUUUAUCUUCCUUAAGGCUGGACUUACAAAAGCAAGUCUAUUUCUAUUUUUAGACCAUGUACUUUAAGUACUUAAGGAAUGUUGUACUCCAUGUACCAAGGAAUGUUAAUUUUGUCAUAACAAAUUUAAAGAGAAAUGCCAGGCAGUUACUGGUGAUGAUUUGAAAUCUCCUCCAGCAAAUGGAUGUCUGCUUGUUAUAUACGAGUGCCAUCAUGCUGUAGUUUCAGCAACCAGGAUACCUUUAAGUUUAUAGGCCACUCAGCCCCACUCAUGCGCAGACUUUUGAUUAGGUCUAGCGGUAAUUAGGGAUGUAAUUUAUUUUUGGUAAUAUAAACACAGUUUAUGCAGUACUUCCAAUCAACUUUUUUUUGAUGUAUAAUCAAAACUAAGCAAUUCAACAUCAUUUUAAGAGGAGUAAAGAAUAGCUUAAAGAAAACCUACGGUUAGCUCAAUUGCCGGACUGUGUUG